CGACAAGUGUCUUCUGCUGGAGCGGUAUGUUAACAGAGUACCAAGAUCCGCCGAUAAAAAUAACAACAAUCUCGUCUUGUUUUAUUUUCUUGAAAACCUCUCUUCACUGACUGUGACUCCUGUGACCACCAGUUUAUUUUCGAUUUUUUUACCAAUGCUUUCAGUCGCACGCAUAGAAGAAGUACGGCUCAAAGCUGCAUCCAUGAAGAUUCCAUGGCACGCCUGGGGUUGUUACUUAUCGCGGACGAGAUGAAAAUAUGACUUUCGGCACCAGGACCACCGGCGCGUCAUUUUCGAUUCACCGGUCGUGGUUGUGGUACCAUCGUCCAGCUAAAAGAUACAGUUGUGGCGGGGUUGUGGACGUUAAUUUCUUUUCGGAAAAUAAGGCCGGUGCCGUAGCCUAGAACAAGGAACAAAAAGAACCGGUGUUGCGUCAGCUCACGAACGUGGUCCACGAAAAAUAGAUAAGUUGUAAAAUCAUGCCGCUACUACAAGAAGAACCUUCGUCAUCCUUUCCCGCUGAUCUUCGCGACGACGUAUCGGCCGAGCGCUAUGCCGUCGAUCUGGAGGAUUUGGCGGGGAAUCCCGUUACGGUCUUAUCCUAUGUAAAAACGCACCCACCUCAUAGUCAAGUUGGUAAAUCUGCAAGACAAAUCAGCAAGCGUUGGCUGUUGCGCAUGACAGGUUUGGCCUCGUAGUGUGAUCCUGUUUGGCCAGGUCGUCAGCAUAUCAUGCUGAUUGGAGCGGUACAAAAUCCAAAGCGCGACUACAAAAUGCUCCUUCUCAUGGAGCUCCGCAUGAGAGACAUUUUCACCGAUGCCGAUUUGCCUGACAGCUGUGGGGUGGGGACGUUUUUACAAAGGAUAGGUCUGCGUCUGGGGUCAUCUGGUGGUCCGGAGAAAGCAACGGCUGCAGACCAGCACCACGGCGGAGCAACAGAACUCCACUACAAGAACACCGGCAACUACAUCACUUCAUGGCCUAAACGAUUACAACCAGACGAAGUUGCUGGUGAAGCGGUGUGACUUCGAGCGACUUUUGUACAUUCAGCACGGGAUUCCCGCGUGUCUGAUCGUUCUGUUCGAGGUAGAUCGCGAAACGGGACAAAUUUUCCUUCCCGAGGAAUUACAGGCGGUCGAGCGACGAGUAGGGACCAGGAAGAGUCGUCCUGUGAAGGGAAAAAUCGGCCGUGGCGAUAAUUAUUCCUCAGAGGGGGCUUGUACCACAGAGCAGGACGAGGAGGACCACUCCACGCCGCGGGAAGGAGGCGCGCUGGGCAAAGGAUUUUAUGAGAUAAAUCAAGAAGGUUUAGCAGAUUUCGACGAGGACGACGAAUUUGCUUGCAAUAGCGACGACGAAGACUUCUUCAAGGGCGAGGAGGACUUUCUCUCCGAUCUGGAUAAUGAAGAUUCAACGAGCAGAACUGACGAGCAAAGUGGUAGAACACCUGUAGUUGCAGCGGGAGGUCCGGGGGACGGCGCCGGUCCGAUAAGAAUAAGGCAAGCGGACGAAGAUCUAGAAUUGCUUCGGGACGAGCAAACAAACGGUAGUACACAAACGCAAGCCGAAGAGGGCGAGGACUUGAGCGAUUACAUCGAAGUUUAUGGUCCAGUUUCGCCAGCAGUUCUAAUGCCGCGUAGACACCUGGACGAUAAGGAAGAUGUGAAAAAUUUAGCGCCGCCUGGCUGGUAUACUAGUACGAGUUCUAGUAGUACUCCAACUUCUUCUAUAUUACAUGGUGGGGGCCGCGCCCGCGGCCCAAGCCCUAGUCCAACGUCCACCACCGCGUCAUCCUUUGUGCCGCCGGAUAGAAUAAACUAUGUGCAAGAUCUCGACGGUGACUUUCUUCAUUCCCUGCUUGCGGUGCCCGAAUACCUCGAGCCCUCGCAAGACAGCAAGCAGCAGAAAGCUCAGCUUUUUUCAUCGGGUUCGAGGAGGAAACAAGAGGCCGCCUGGCUGAAGAUGGCAAAAAAGACGGCUGCCAGGGAGAUGCAGAAAAGCGGCCGGAGGAACCACGGGCUGCUCGAGGAGCGACGAGGACUCAUGCAAGAGCCAGAUGCUGUUGCUGGGACCUCCCGUGAUGCGGUGGAGGAGCAGCUGCUCCACGAAGCGGCGAAGAGAGACGGUCGUUCCAAAACUGAUGCCUACAGGUUAACUUCUACAAGCAUGGACGGUAGCACAGUAGCGGCGCAGUUAGGCAAAGCUCCUGGAAGAGGUGGCAAUAAAGAUGCAGCGGGAGCUAGAGCUUGUAGUAACUUCCUGCCUCCGCCAAAUAAUAAAUCUUCGAAGAAGAAGUACAGGCUUCUGAUCAAGCAGCACGAGUUUUACCCUGAUGGGAAGCCGCCCGGGAAAAACAGCCGGCUCUGGAUCUAUCAGGCCAUCGUGGAGCCAAAAGCAGGGCCACCUCUUCAUCAAAGACCGCUUGUUAAUACUGCAGGAACAUCAACCUCUGCCGUCGCAGCGAAGAAACUGGAGCUCGAGUCGCGCGUGGAUUUUCUUCGGGCCUGGAUCUACCAGCGGGAAAUGCGGAAAUUUGCCGAUUUCCAGGCGCGGUUGGUGCAGGCCAACGAGCUGGCUUACAACGCCCGCAUGGUGGCGGUGGCCCACGAAAUCCUGGAGGCGGAACAAAAUCCGGAGAAUUUAAACAGUAUCACUACCACGCCAGCAGCCUUGAUGAACUUCCGUGAAGCUGAAGAUUUUCAUAAUGCCGAUAAUCUAACAACAGACCCAGCAGAAGUUGUUCAACGUCCCGAUGCAAAUACAACAGCAUCUGCGGGGGCCGGGGACAAGGAACACCACGGAGGUGAAGUAACUGCCUUGUCAAAAAAAAGUAGCGUGAAAAUAAAUGAUCCACUAGAAGCCCAGAGACUCGCGAACGCAAAGAUCUUGGCGCGGGACGCGCAGCUGCAGCUGCAGCAGUCGUUGCACUAUUCCGACCGGUACCUCUGGAACCUCUGGCGCACCGGGUUUCUUUCCGCUCGCACCUCUACGCCGGCGCAAUUCAGGGUCAAGCGGUCUUCCGCCAUCGCAACGCUCCAGGCCUUCCUGGAGUCCAGUUUCACGCCGCCUUUGAUGGUGAACCACUGCGACCGGGAGUCCGGAUCCAGUCUGUUUCAAUUUGUCUGCGCCGAGGACACAAGCCUGGCCCGGCUGAUGAUAAGACGUCGCGUGCGGGUUGUUAGGAGGAGGAAGAAAACUCCUGCUACAAGUACAACAAGAAGAACUGGGGUGGCGGCGGGAGCACAGGAAGCAGAACAAGCUGUAGCUCUCUCGUCCUCGUUGGGGCGUGAAGAUGAUCCUAGUACCGCUGGUACGACUGAUGUCGCAGGUUCUUCUCGUCCUCAUCCUGUGUUCUCGUCCGAUAAUAUUGGCAUGAUGAUAAACUUCAACACGGGCGGCGGCUCUAGCAGCAGCGGGCCACCUCCAGUACCACCAUUCGACGACAGCAGCACACUGCACCCAUCCGAUUUCUGGGUUGAGCACGGGGAGAAGGGGCAACUGUUCUGCCGAAACCUCUGGUACGACGGUGCCGCCGCGGCCUCUUCAUCUACAACUUCACGUAGUAGAUGCAGUACAACCACGGAGCCCCCUGUAAUCGUGACUGAGAUUGUCGUGGAGACCGAGAACGAAAGCAAUCUGGUGCGGUGCCAAGUGGGUCCCGAGGUCGUGGUGUCUUCUGAGGUGUGUCGACGAGGAGCUAGACAGGAGCAGAAAGACCACGUUUUAUUUUCCACCGAGUUUUACCUUUUGUCCACGUUCGCACUUAACCGGAACGACAAACACGGGGAAACCUGCUUGACCGUUUUAACCAACGAGGACCUCGGGCUGGAGAUUCUGCAGCGCCCGGACCUUUAUCCACUGCAAAAGUAUUGUAUUCUUCGUGUAAUAAAUGUUGGCAAUACAACCGCAAAGUAUAAGUAGAUAUAGGAGAACCUGCAUUUUUCACGACCCACUGUGCAUUUCCUUUUCAAAAUAAAAGUCUAGUACAUGUGAAAUCUGUAUUGGCACCUAUCUAUGAUAGGACAGUACUUUUGCAACGCAUAGCCUGGACAGAACGAUGAUGAACAUGAAGACCUCGUUAUAGAGAGGAAAAAUCCCCCGUCCCCAUAUUGAAACGGUAUGUUUCCAAAAAUUUGUGUUGCGGAUUUGAGGUCACAAAUCACAUCUGUCUUGCAAGAAGACAAGGGCAGAAGCUUCCGCCCCAUUAUGGAGGCGAUUUGUCACGUUGUUGGGCCUAGAGGGGAGCCGUUUGCCAUGCUGAACAACUAGACCCAUACGCCCCUACCUAGCUUGGGGAUCUGGCCGCAGUGCCUCCCUGCAAUGCAGAGCUGAUUUGUGGCCACAAAUCAGCAGCACAAAAAUCCGCUUUGAUAUGGGGAGGGGGGAUUUUUCAUUUUGAUACUCGUCUGGCCGGACCUGUUUCUCCCGCGCAGCGCAGCUCGGGUUCAAACGCCUCUGCUUCGCCAUUCUGGCGCACAAAUCCUUCGACCUCGCGACCUGCGACGUGGCGAAUUUCAAGGUUAUGCUAGUGCAAAUAUAUCCAUCUGGGUCUGGGAAUUCCUGCAAACGAAACUUUUGAUGAUGUGCCUUUCAGAUCUUCACACAAAGAAAAUUAUCCCGUCAUGGACCACUGCUGCAAGCGUAGUUGCCAACUUCUUGUCGCCAAGCGGAAGAGGGGAUAAUUUCUCAUGCGGGACCAUAGCCAUUGAAAAACCCUCUCAAUAUUACAAUCUGUCAUGCUAAUAUGGCCCGUAGCCGUAAGCCACACGAGACCUUCAUUCUCGAGCACAAAAAACAGUAUGACAAAAAGAAACACUGGCACUAAGUAUCAUCCAGACCCAGAUGGAUCUUUUUUUGCCGUUGAUCAAGGACGCAAAGUCGCCAAUCGGUAAGUCGGGUUACAUGAUCGCACGGUCCAAGGGCAUGAGUGAGGUGUGUGCAAAGAUUGACCAAAUGCGGAAAGACCGAAGAGACGCCGCGAUCGCCUCCGCCGAGGGGGAAAGUGGUAGCGUGUUGCCUGUUGACGGCGUUGGUUCGUAAAGAAGGGGAUUGCGACUGUUUCAAAUGAACUGUUGAAAAAGAACGAGCGCAGCAU